AUGACAUCCCAAAAAUGGUUCGAUGCUUCUUUCUCAUCGCAACCUAUCUGGUGGCACUACAUGAUCAUCACAGUACCACGCAGACUUAAACGUUCACACAUCGCUUUUAUGUUCAUCGAUACAGGAGACAAUACGGAUCCAAUACCUAAUAGCAGUUAUGUAACAAUGUUUGCUGUGAGUACAGGCAGUGUUGCCGUAGAACUGAGACAGAUUCCUAAUCAGCCGAUUCGAUUUAUGGCUGAUCCAACGCAACAGUCUCGUACAGAAGAUGCCAUAAUAGCAUGGACUUGGGAAACGUUUAUUGAAAAAAAUGGUACAAAUCCAUAUAUUCUUCUUUAUAUGCCAAUGACAAAAGCUGCAGUACGAGCCAUGGACACAACAGAGCAAUUAUUAAAGAAAGAAAGAUUUCCAGUGCCAAAGAACUUUGUCGUUGCAGGACUUUCUAAACGUGGAUGGACAACUUGGACAACGGCUGCUGUGAAUAAUCGACGAGUAUCGGCCGCUGUUCCUAUUGUCCUGGAUAUUUUGAAUCUUCGGAAGAAUGUGAAGCAUCAAUAUCGAUCAUUGGCUGGAUGGACAUUCGCUUUCUAUGAUUAUUACGUAUCGAACAUACCUCGGUAUCUCGAUAAUCCCAAUUUCCAAAAAAUGGCUGACAUCAUCGAUCCGUAUUCUUACUUGGAUCGAUAUGCUCAAGUGAAACUGUUUCAAAUUCAAGCAUCCAAUGAUGAAUUCUUUGUACCAGAUAGCGAGGACUACUUCUGGGAUGACCUACAAAUGAAAACUGGUGGUACUCUUCUCAGGCGCAUUCCAAAUACUGGACACAACAUACAAGGAUAUAUGGAAAGUCUUGAAAGUUUUUAUUUGAGCGUUGCUGAUAGGCAAAUUUUACCAUCAUUCAAAUGGACACGAACCAUUAAUGAAACUCAUGGGCGGAUCAUUGGAGUCGUCAAUUUUAGUGCUAGACGACCCAAGCCAAUAAAUGCUACAGCUUAUCACGCUCGAACAGUUAAUGACACAAAGCGUGAUUUUCGACAAGCAAAACUAGAUUCUAAAACAGGCCAAAUAGUUCAGAAUCCUAUUGUUUGGCUGAAUAUGCCCAUCCAAAUUGAGGCAACAAUAAUAAAUAUAAUCACUACUAUACUUCUUCUUUUUCUCUUGUAG